GUCGCGUUCGAUACGUCACCGAGCUAACGGCGCGCGCCAAAGUAAGUUCGGGGCUCUGAGCCUCAACAUCAACACCACGAUGCGCCAGCCCCAAUGAUACGGCUAUGUAAUCGAGCGCCUUUUCGCUCUCACACACUACAUAAACCCCUCUUACACACUUCGACACAAUGGUCGGCCCCGCGCCAGUUCAGCAGCACAGCAUGGCGCAAAGAAGACCCGCGGAUCGAGUCUAUGAGCAGAGAGAUUACUGACGAGUUUGCGGUGAUUCGUGAAGACUAUGAAACACACAAUCGUCCUCGCACACGGUCUUCUCGGCUUCAGCGAACUUCGACUCGCAGGACAGUUUUUCCCUGGUCUCAAGUACUGGCGUGGUAUCACAGAGGCGCUCUCAGCCAAAGGCAUCGAGGUCAUUGUGGCGACUGUGCCACCCAGCGGCAGCGUCGAGGCAAGAGCAGCGAAGCUUGCGGAGAGCAUUGCCGCAGAGGCAAAAGGGAAGGAAGUCAACAUAAUCGCUCACAGUAUGGGAGGUCUCGAUUCGCGCUACAUGAUCAGCCAGCUCAAACCGGCCGAUUUCAAGAUCAUGUCUCUGACUACGAUCGCGACACCGCACCGAGGCUCUUCGUUCGCCGACUACAUGUUCGACACCAUUGGUCCUCGCCGGAUCAAGAGGAUAUACAAAGUCAUAGAGUACUUCGGGUUCGAGACAGGCGCGUUCUCGCAGCUUACACUGAAAUACAUGAGCGAGAGCUUCAAUCCGAGAACCCCGGAUAUUGAGGAUGUCAGAUACUUCUCGUAUGGCGCAUCUUUAGAGCCUGAGCGAUGGUCUGUCUUCGCUCCAUCACACGCGAUCGUCAAGCGAGAGGAGGGCAUCAAUGACGGUCUUGUGAGCGUCACUUCAAGUCGAUGGGGAGACUAUAAAGGAACACUAAUCGGUGUCAGUCACCUUGACUUAAUCAAUUGGACUAAUCGUAUGAAAUGGUGGUUCUGGAGUCUAACAGGGAAGAAGAGAAAGUAAGGCCCUUGUCUACAUUUCUGAGAACACAGUCGGCUGACAACGGGUAGUUUCAAUGCUAUCGCAUUAUAUCUAGACAUCUGUGGUAGGU